GCCGUCUUGUUAUCGUUCAAGUAUGAUGUUGAUGUUUUGAUUCAGUUGGGUGAGGUGUGUCUGUGGAUUUGCUCAGAUAACAUUUCUCUAUUUGCUUUCUGUAGCUGCAGUUUACCUGCUGGUUGAAAGAUGUCUGAAAGCUCCAGCGACACUGAAUCUUCCUGUGGAUGGAUGGUCAUUAGUAAUGAGGGUUCAGAUAUUGAGACACUAGCCCUUGAUAACGUGGGAGACUGUGAGGAAGGAGAGGUUAGCCGUGCAGACAUACCAACUGCUGAACGCGAUGAGGAAAGUCUGGUUGAGACUUCUCUGGAUCUCACCUUGAGAGAGGAGGUGACUUCAGAGGUCGGACCCACCAGAAAGACAAGAGAUGAUGUUUGUGUGGAAGAGCAUGCCAUUUUUUGCUCCUUCAGUGAGAACUCUGACAUCAUCACCCUGGCGGACUCUCGGGAAGAGGAGAUUGACACACGGGAGGAGCCUGUUGCUAAGGAGACAGAGGAAACAGGAAGCGAAGAGCUCUAUCUUGGAACCUCAUCGAGCAGCCAGUAUACCUUUAUUGAGGCUGAGACAAUUUUCCCAGUGGAUCAGCCUGUGCAGAGAGACUCCAGUAACAGCAGCAGCGAGGAAGCGGAAGAUGAGAUGAAGAGCAGUCCUGUGGUGAGGAGACGCAGAGUGAGGAGGACCAGGACUAGUUCAGAGCCCGGAGAGCCUCAUGAGCCACAGAGGAGACAGGGGGAGGUCCUUGAAGAGAUUCAGGCACAUCUGGACCCCCACACUGCUCCACAGUACCAGGGCCAGAUCAGUGGCACCCUGAACAAAUGCAUCCUUCUGGCACUGCUCAUUGCCAUCAGCAUCGGCAUCGGACACUUUUACGGCACUGUACAGAUACAAGAGAGGCAGAGGAUUCCUAGUAAGGAAGUGGUUGAGAGUCUGAGGGAAGAUCUAGAGGAAAAAGAGGACAUGGUCCUGUCCCUCACAAGCAUCAUGGAUGAAAUAACUAAAGAAAACCAGCAUCACCGAUUUAAACAGGAAGAGCUACAGGCUCAAAAACAAGAUUUGUUUGACCAACUGUUGCAAGCUAAGAACAAGAUGGAAUCUCAGCAGAAGGACUUGACCACGGAAAACCAGCACCUUAAAAUCACUCUUGAGCGAGAGGAGGAGUCCCUCUCGGCCUUGCGGGAGGAAUUGAGGUACCUACGUGGACAGAUCCGAGAGUUAGAGGAGAGAGGAGCUGGAACAGACUCGAUCUUGUCCGAAAACCAACGUUUGAAGGGCCACUUGCAAGAAGAGAAGCUGAAAGUCCGUAGCUUCAUCAGCCAGAGGGCAGCACUCAUGGCUGAGGCUCAGGUCCUUCGGAAAGAGCUUGAUAAAGAACAGAAGGUUACAGAUAAGCUGAAAGAGGAACUUGAGGAAAUGAGUCAGAAAGAGAAAGACAUGAAAGGCAAGACGGAUCCCGAGGGCAAAGAACUCCAGGCUCGACUACUGGAGCUAGAGAACAAACUUAGAUUUGAGCAGCAACGCUCAGAUCUUUGGGAGAGACUUUAUGUAGAGUCAAAAAAGGGGAGAGAAAAAGGUGACCAGAAGGUAAAGACCAAGGUUCCGCAGGAUGGGAUGAUGGGAAAGGUGAAGGAAACCCUUGAUGCUGUCAAGAAUUCCACCAAAGAGUUUGUGCACCAUCACAAGGAGCAGAUCGAGAAGGCCAAAGAAGUGGUUAAGGAAAAUCUCAGGAAGUUAUCGGACUCUUUUAAAUCUACAUUCAGGCACUUUAAAGACUCCGCCUCCAAUGUUUUCAAUAGGGGUAAUGACAAGAGGUACCAAGAGAGGAAGGAUGCAAAACCUGAACGUCAGACGUUUCAGAAAGAUGGUUCUAAGGAACAGGGCAACAAACGUGCAGAAGAUAUCCAUUGGCAGCCUAAAAAAACUUUACAUCGACACCCUCGCAAAUCAACCAUCGACUCUUUUCACGACGAUCCUAACACACGCAAACCCGGCACUCAGAAAGAGCAAAGUCAGAAAAGGCCACCCAGAGGGUGUUCUGAUGUUUUUGAUUGUGCUUAUCAGGAGUCUAUGAGUCUGUUCAAUAAGGCGAUGGACCCCAUCCGCGCAGAUGAGUUUAACAAACUCUUGCGAAGCUAUCUGCAGAAAGAAGUUGGCCAUUUCCACCACUGGAGGGAGCUAGAGAGCUUCAUCAAUAAUUUCUUCCAUAAUGGUGUCUUCAUCCAUGACCAGAUGCUGUUUACAGACUUUGUUAGUGGAGUUGAGGAUUAUCUUGAGAAAAUGGACGAGUAUCACAGUCUCGAUAAUGACGUAUUUGAAGAUCUGGAUGACUACAUCUACAGGCACAUAUUUGGAGAUACGUACUUAAAACACUUUGGGACAAGUCGACCCUUUGAAGGGCCCGGGUCAAAGUGCAAGCCAUGGUGUUAUUGCCAGCAGCAACAGAGGAAACACCAGCAGCCAUGCUCUUGGCCUCAAAGAGUCAAAAAAUGGAGCCAAUCAGGAUGCAAUCCCAACCGACAGUUUGCUGACAUCAAAAUAGAGCUGGGCCCUAUGCCCUUUGAUCCAAAAUAUUAGAGGAAACAUUUCAUUUGUUCUUAAAGUUGCUUCAAAUUUUUAAAGAUGGUUGAAGGAUUUUUAGAGUUCACCUUUUCAGUGAAAUUUGCACAGUGUAAAUGUUCUAAUGCUGGUUGAAUUAUUCCUCAUCUAUUUGCUCUCUUUCUGCACAAUGGUGAAAGCAAAAUCUUAGCCUCAAAACUGCAUUUUUUUUUUUUUUUUAGCAGUUUAUAUUAAAUUAUAGAUGAGAAGUUUGUCCAAAACACAACAAAUAUCAGUCAACAAGGUCAUAAAAGAGGAAAUGAUAAUAUCUUCCAGUUCUGCGAGGACCAAAUAACCAUUUAAAAUAAAUUGUUAAUGAUUAAUGUUUUGUCAGAAGUGUGUUAGAAGUUCAGUAGAAUUAGGACGAUAAUGAAAACAUUGCUCUUGGUUGUAAGGUUACAUUUUGGGAGUGGUUUGGUUUGACUAGUCAUAAAUUGGCUGCUUUAUGUCACCUCUGAUUUGCGAAUGUAGAUCAGUGGGGAAUAUUUUUUUGUGUGUGUUCAACUGGCAAUUGUUAGUGCAAUAAUUUUUUUCAUUUACUUCUUUCCUGUGUGCUACUAGCCAAAGUAACAUUCCUGUAAGAGCUUGUUUGUAAACAACUGCAAAACCAUUUUUAUCUGCUUUAAUGUAAUUUAACAUGAAUGCAAUUCAAUUCUUGCACUAGAAUAAAAGUAUUUUAUUGCUUCAUAAAAUAUUGCCCUCUUUUGGUAAAUUGAGCUGAAAUAUUGAAUCCUACACUGGAGAAGAAUUUGAC